AUGGCUCUCGCACCCAAAUUCGCAGGCCAAAAGCUAGCCUCCUCCUCCAUCCAACCCAAAGCCGUUCACACCCUCGAGUUCUACCUUGACUACGUCUGUCCCUUCUCCGCCAAAAUGUACAAAACCCUCUUCACCCCUCCUCUCCGCAACACCCUCCUUUCCACCUACGGCACAAGCCUCGUCACCAUUUUCCGCCAGCAAAUCCAACCCUGGCACCCGUCCUCAACGCUCGUCCACGAAGCCGCGUACGCCGUCCAACGCGUCGACGCUGGCAAAUUCUACGACUUCUCAGAGAAGCUGUUUGAGCAGCAAAAAGACUUUUUCGAUGUCAGUCUAGUGAAUGAGACGAGGAAUCAGACGUACAGGCGGUUGGCGAAGAUAGCGGCGAGUGUAGGGGUGGACGAGGGGAAGGUGUAUGGGUUGUUAGAGAUUAGCGAUAAGCCGGGGGAGGAUGGGAGUUUGAAUUCCGGGAAUGGGGUAACGGAUGAUGUCAAGGUGCAGGUCAAGGCGAAUCGCAUGACGGGUGUGCAUGUUACGCCGACGGUGGUGUUUGAUGGGGUUGUGAGGAAUGAGAUUAGUAGUAGUUGGACUGUGGAGCAGUGGGAGGAGUGGUUGGCUAAGAAUGUAAGUAAAUGA